AUGGUCGCGAAAGCGCGGGCCUGGGCCUUGCGGACGCUGCCGCGCCUGCAGCGCCUGGCGAAGCGGAAGGAGACAGGGAUCACCGAACGCCGCAUCUACAUGAUGUAUCGCAAGCCUGGGAGUUCUUAUGACGAGCUUGCAGGGCUUCCAGGCUUUCGGCGGGAGGCGACGGUGGCGCAGGUGUCGCAGGCCUUCCGCGGCGGCGCGUCGUACCUGGCGCCCCAGGCCUUCAUGCCGCAGUACCUCUGCUGGCUGCAGCAGGAGGUCUUCCGCUUGGGUGGAAGUAUCCACGUGGGCGACGACUACAAGGUCAAGGACCUCUCUGCCGCAUCCAUCCGCCAGCUGGACGGGGCGAUGCCGAAGCUGCUUGUAAACUGCUUGGGCCUCGCCAGCCGCGAGGUGGUGCCCGAUGAGGCGAUGCUGCCCAUCCGGGGAGGCCUUGUCUACGUGCACUGCCCCGAAGUGGAGGACGUGUUCUUCGACGAGGAUGACCCCGAUGGAGAGGCCACCUAUGUGAUCCCUCAGCGGAAUGGCCUAGUGGCCUGCGGGGGCCUGGUGCAGCGGAAUCGCGAGGCCGCGGCGCUCAGCGAGGCAGAGGCCGCUGGCAUCUUGGGGCGCUGCGAACGUCUCCUGCCGGCCUUGCGCGGCCAAAAGGUGCUGGGAACCUGGACAGGGCUGCGCCCCGCGCGCCGCGCGGAGGCGGGCGGCAUUCGUUUGGAGCUGGAGCUGGCAGAUUUGCCGGUGAUUCACAACUACGGGCACGGGGGGUCCGGCCUCAUCUGCAGCUGGGGUUGUGCUCUGGAGGUCGCAGAUUUGGCGCGGAACUUCGCGCGAGAAAACCAGAUCCCCCUCCCCGGCGCGCGCCUGUGA